CCCCAGUUUAAGUGGGCCCCGCGCGUUAAAGUGGUCGGCGCGUCAUCCCACUUAAGAAAGCGCGUCUUUUCCUCCCCACAGCGCAACAACCCCCCUUCCAGUGGCCAGACCAGACAAGGCAGCACCAAAACGACAGAAUAGCAGCUAUGACCUCAUACGGCGGUGGCUACUCCAGGACAUCCUACGGCGCCCAGGGCGGCGAGGAUGGUGGCGGUUUUCUAGGCGGGUCACAACAGGGCAGCCAAAGUGGCGGAGGCAAGGGCUACGGCGACGAGUCCCUCCGGCCCGUGACGAUCAAGCAGCUGGCGGACUGGGAAGAGGCGUUCCCCGGUGCGGACGUGGCGAUCGACGGCGCACCGCUCACGCAGGUGACGAUUGUGGGCCAGGUGCGGGCGGUGAACCCGCAGACCACCAACAUCACGUACCGGCUGGACGACGGCACCGCCACCAUCGACGUCAAGAACUGGGUGGACCCGGAGCGGCCCGACGACAGCAGCCCCAAGUUCGCGCAGGACCAGUACGUCCGCGUGCUGGGCCGCCUCAAGAGCUUCAACGGCAAGAAGCACGUCGGCGCCCUCUUCAUGCGCCCCAUUGACGACUACAACGAGGUCAACUACCACCUGCUCGAGGCCGCCUACGUCCACCUGUACCUGACCAAGGGCCCGCCGGGCCAGCAGCAGGCGGAGGCUGGGGCGGGCCAGGGCGCGGGCGCGGGCGGCGAGAGCAUGUUUGUCGACGGGUAUGGCGCUGGUGCGGCGACCGGUAUGUCGGGUAAGCUGGUGGGCUGCUCGGCGAAGGCGCAGACCAUGUACAACUUCUUGCAGAACUCGCCGGGCGGCAACGAGGGCGUGAAUGUGAACGUCAUCUCCAGCGGCAGCGGGCUGAGCGUGAGAGACGUGCUCGAGGCUGCAUAUGAGCUAUUAGGCCAGGGUCUCAUCUACACCACUAUCGACGACGAGACAUGGGCCCUGCUGGAGUCCUAUGGUUGAUGAGGCACGAGAUGGCUGUAUUUGACUCUCCUACCCCCAGGGAUAUUGAGCUAUUGGCGUUGGAUUUUGCAUUGCCACGUAUGGUUGAUUCGGGAACGGGCGGCAUGACGCCUUUAAAUAAGGACUGAGUGGAGUGGGAUGAGUAUAGAAACGAAGGGGUACUCCUGACGGUAAGAUAAAUAAAAGGACACCCAAGAGAAAAGAAAGGCCAGGGAUGCGGCAGAUGAUUGUCAGGAGCCACAAGCCAAUAAUGUCUGACCCGCAUGUUCGCAUGUUGAAUGCGCCAAGGUUUGGAAGUGAAUAAUAGAAAAGAGAGGGUAAAAGAAGUAGCAAAAACAGCACGAGGAAGGGGGUGUGAGUGUGGUGUGUGAGUGAGAAUAGC